AGCUGUCAACGACGCAGACAAUGGUGCCGAGGUACCGGAAACAGCAACAAAUGCAACAAACCAUAAUGUACCCCUAAACAACAUGGGACAUUUAACAAAUGUGUACGCGCUGGUACACAGAACCAUGGAGGGUGAGCCAGAGCAUUCUGCUGAGGAGACCGACGAUGAGGCACCAACACAGCAGUCGGAUGGAGACGGUGUUGUCAACGUUGGUGAUCCAUACGCCGUGCCAUACAAGGCACCUCAACGCCGACCUGCUGUAGGUGGUGUUGUAAACGCCGAUGAUCUAUACGCCGUACCAGACAAGACACCUAAACAUCAUCCUGCUGUUGACGGUGUUGUAAACGUUGCUGAUCUGUAUGCUGUACCAAACAAGUCAAAGGAAACACGGAAGGAAACAUAUAGUGUAGAAAUCAACAGUGAGUAUAGUGAAAUCUAAAUGGACGAAGAGUCACUGUUUUGGAGCAGCCAGUGUGUCGGACACUUAAUGAAACCCUCGCUUACCCAAGGGACUGCAAACGGAGGGACUCAGGAAUCGUGGGCUUGGUGGAUCAUAACUGCGCUCCGUCCAGACACGGUCUGUCGACCUUCGGUUCGAAUCCAACAUUUGUUCUGUUUAGGAUGCGCGGUUUGGCAACACGUUAUCUGUUCUUAAAAUGUUUGUGAUCUGCAUCUAAAAUCUGAACGAAAACGUUAAGAACCAGCAGUAAAACCUGACUCCACUCACCGACUCACUCACUCUACAGUCGGGUUUGAACUGU